AAGCUCCUACUUCUCUCAUCAACUCAACUCAGCCUUAUCAGCUACUUCUCUUCACUAUUACUGCCGGCCAGUUCCUUUAAUCCCCUACCAAAUCCUCACAACUACAAAGUCGUCAAGAUGCCUACUUCCCAAAUCUCCACUCCCCUCAACGGUGUUGACGCCGCCGUCGUCAUUGCCGCUCUCCACAACCACGACCUCAUGAUCAAGACCCUAUGCCCAGCACUCGUCAGCUACGCUUUCGAAUCCGGUGACAAGGCUACUUGCGCUACCUAUACCGUCACCGACAAGAAGCCCAUUGGCCAGACAACCUACAAGCUCACCCUCACCAACGUCUCCGAGGGUGUCGAUUCCCUCGUCAACGCCAAACCCCCCGUUGGUGUCCUCACCAUCAGCGGCAAGUGGCGUGUGACUGGCGGCAAGCUCAGCGAGGAGAUUGACAUUGACGCCAACUUCAUGAUGAAGAAGGUCGCUAAGAACAACGUUGAGAAGACGCACCCGGAGCAGCACAUGAAGCUCUUGGAAGCUGCUCAGGCUUAAAUGAUGGCGAUGGAUGAGAAAGGGAUGCAUUGGAUGGAGCAUUUGUUAUUCUAUUUGUGUCUCGUGUGAGCAUUCUACUCGCGACAGGUAGGAUGAGGUUGUACGCAUAGCUUGGUGUUCGUCAUGUCUGCAAUGAAGCAUUUUAUUUUU